CCUUUUUCAUCCGUUCAAGUUAUUCUUCAGUUGUUAUAGUUGAAGUGCUUUGUUUUCUUUCUUCCUUUCUUUGUUCCGUUUCCACGAGCAUAUAUUCCCAUCCCUGCUGCAUUCAUAACCAGUGUUUGAUAUUAUAUUGGCAUUGGUGUGCCUUUGAUUUCUGUGGAUUCUUUACUCGGAAAAGACCGCUUUUAUAUUUUUCUUUUCUUUUAUGCAUCCUUUUCUGAGAUUCCAUUGCCUUUCUAGUUGGCUUUGGCUUGUUUUAGGUGCUUCUUGUAUUUAUAGUUGCAGUAGCUAGCUUUACCUUGUGGGGUUUUGUACAACUUCAAGAUGAGCUUCAGUGGCUCCUGCAUAGAUUCUGGUAGCCAAACAACAGGGCGGACAUUUGAAUUUGGAAGGACUCAUGUUGUUCGGCCCAGAGGGAAACAUCAAGCAACUAUAGUUUGGCUGCAUGGCCUUGGCGAUAAGGGGGCGAGCUGGUCACAGCUUCUUGAAAGUCUUCCCCUACCCAAUAUAAAAUGGAUAUGCCCAACUGCUCCUACGCGUCCAGUUGCAGCACUUGGUGGUUUUCCAUGCACUGCUUGGUUUGAUGUAGGAGAUUUUGCAGAAGAUACAUCUUAUGAUUUGGAGGGUUUAGAUGCAUCUGCUGCACAUGUUGCGAAUCUCUUGUCAACUGAACCUGCUGAUAUUAAACUUGGUAUUGGGGGUUUUAGUAUGGGUGCUGCAACAGCUCUCUACUCUGCUACAUGUCAUGCUCUAGGACAAUAUCUAAAUGGAAACUUGUACCAGGUCAACCUCAACUCAGUUGUUGGUCUUAGUGGCUGGCUUCCAUGUUCAGGGAUGCUGAGGAACCGGAUAGAAGGAUCAGUCACAGCUGUGAGGCGUGCAGCUUCAUUGCCUAUUUUGCUCUGUCAUGGCUCUGGUGAUGAUGUGGUGGCAUAUGCACAUGGAGAGAAAUCUGCACGAACCCUUAGUUCAUCCGGCUUUCAGAACCUCACAUUCAGAAAAUAUGACGGGCUUGGUCACUAUACUAUCCCUGAAGAAACAGAUGAAGUUUGCCGGUGGCUCAUUUCAAUGUUGGAACUUGAUGGAUCGUAAAAUUUGUUCAGAAACAUUGGUAUACUUGGGAAAAUAAGUUUAAGCAUUACAGCUUUAAGGCGUAGAGUGGCAUACUAGCUUGGAUGAAAUUAACUAUGGUAUACUGUUGUAAUAUUGCAAUCAAUUGUUCUUCUGCUUUUCUCAGAAUAAAUAGUGGGUAUCAAAUAUCAAUAAGAUGUUAAUCCUGUACUACCUUUCUCCA